AUGACACAGGCUGACUCACAAAGAGAUGCGAGAUAACUGAAGUUUCCUGCAAGUCAGCAUGAGUCCACCCAAACUGGACGAGAUAGGAGGGCUUACAGGAUCAAACGGGGAACAAUCGAAUUCAGGGGAGACGUUGAUGGGAGGACGGCAUUAAGACUGAUCUGGCAGAUUUGGGGAUACGCGGCCGACGGAGAGCGAUAUGUAGCUUAUAAUGCCGGGACCGUACCCGCACGAACGCGGAGGAUUAUCGUCGUACAUACUGAUCCGGCACAGAGCCAGGUAGCUAAUGAACAGGUGAAGUGUGGGCUGGUAAUUGGGGAAGCCAUAUUGUUAGCCUGCCUUGAGGAGCUGCACCAUCUUGUGAUCCACAAGAGACCUGAUAUUGUGUUAAUUGACGGCAACAUUAAGGUGGCUGAAAUUAUAGAUAUUGCUGUGCCAAAUGACGGAAACAUUAACUCAGUCUGUGCAGAAAAAAUUCGGAAAUAUCAAGGUCUAGCAGCUGAGUUAAAAAGUUUGUAUAAACUUUAUAAAGUAACCGUUAGGGGCAUUGUGAUCUCCAGCAAUGGCCUGAUACCGGUGUCUACUGUGGAAGCCACUGACAGGCUGGGCCUCCCAACUCAUGUAAUAAAGGAAGCUCAGAAAGCGGUGCUGCUGAAUACUGCCAGAAUUGGAGGCCCUUUUACCUCUGGCUCGAUCAUAGAUAAACCUGUUAGGGCAGAUUGUCUCGCUACGGCGCUAACACUCUUAGCAGUUCGAUCAACCUAUAUAAUGAAUAUUUCGCCGAGAGCUGAGAGCCAGAUAGCGGGUCCAAUCCCGAAGACUUCCUCUCCCAGGAUGGCUUUUCAAUUAGGACCCGGGAACCUCCGCUGGAGUGGAAGAUCAUUUUUAAUGAAGGAGCGAGGGAGCGGCUGGUGCCUGAACCCUAACCACCCCAAGGCCUCCCCCCCCCCUUCACCAUAUCACAAUCCCUUCAAAGGAGUCAAUAUUUGCGAUAAUAUCGUAGGGCCUGUUCUUGACAAUGGAUACGAUUCGAACAAAGAAAGAAAAAAAACGAGGCCUGAAGAUGAGAAUAGUUGA